AGCAUAUCUCAAGAUAGCGUUGGUGUUUUAGAAAGCUUGUUUCCACAUAGCCUUGAGACGACUAAGUACCAAAUGGAUACCGCCGGAAACACGCAUCUGGCAGAUUAUCACAAUCGCGCUUCCAGUAAACUCAAGUUUACGAUUUCCAAAUCUGGUAUUUCUUGCAAGCCUUUGCCAGGUCCAUUUCAGCCAUGCGACGACCUGUUUGACUGGUGGUCCCUACGUUGUGGUAUCUGGUUAGUCUUCAUGCUGGCACUGCUGGGCAACGGUGCUGUCUUCUUCGUGUCAGUUACCAGCAAAUCCAAGAUGGACGUGACUCGCUUUCUGAUCUGUAACUUGGCUGUUGCCGACUUUUUCAUGGGCAUUUAUUUAGGAAUACUAGCUACUAUGGAUGCUUCAACUUUUGGUCAUUUCCGGAAAUAUGGCGUCAAGUGGCAAAGAAGUACCGGAUGUAUUGUGGCGGGAACCCUAGGUGUGCUAUCCAGUGAGUUGAGUGUGUUUACCUUGACAGUUAUCACACUUGAGAGGUUCUAUGCCAUUACCCACGCCAUGCAGCUCAACAAAAGACUGUCGCUAAAAUGUGCAGGUUUUGUCAUGCUAUUUGGCUGGAUCUGGAGUUUUGGCUUAGCGAUACUACCACUUUUUGGUAUUAGUGAUUACAGAAAGUUUGCUGUAUGUCUGCCAUUUGAGAUAGAGGAUCCCAUUUCCAAAAGUUAUGUGUGCUUUCUGCUAGUCUUCAAUGGAAUCGCAUUCUUUAUCAUUAUGAGCUGUUACUUGAUCAUGUACAUUAGCAUCAGACGCAGCCAGACCUGGAAUUCCAAUGACACCCGGGUGGCCAAGAGAAUGGCACUCUUGGUGUUUACAGGUAUUUUGUACACUUAUAUUGUUUUUAAAAAAACUGAAAAUUUCUUCUUAUUUGUAGACCUUCUUUGCUGGGCUCCAAUUGCUGUCUUGUCACUGGCUGCAGCGUUUGGCAAGAAUCUUGUCCAUCUUAAUGCGGCUAAGGUACUGACAAUCUUUGUCCUGCCAUUAAACAGCUGUGCUAACCCCUUCUUGUACGCCUUCUUCACUAAGCAGUUCAAGAAAGAUUGCGUGUUCUUGUGCAGAAGACUUGAGGGGUCUUUAGCCAAACAUUUUUCACAGGUACAACUACAACUCGUUUGA